AGGCAUCUACUCUUCUCAAAAAGAAAAGGAAAAAGAAAAACAACAGCUACAGCAGCAAAACCGGCCUUACCGCUCGCCGUGCCGCCGGCGAAAACACCAGAGGAUAUGGCGGCGAAGGCGGAGGGGCGGCCGCGGCCGCUGAAGGUGGAGGCGAUCACGAGCUGCGUCGAGGUGGGGUUCGGGGACGCCCUCCGCCGCCUCAAGCUCGACGUCCUCGGCACCGACGACUCCCCCAUCCCCAUCACCGGUUAUUAUACUCCAUGCACACAUGCAAAAGUUUCGGGUCUCUUCAGGCUAUGCCCAGAAUCGUUAGUGCCGUCAUCUGUCAACUCCUUUGGUUCUAGGAACAAUUGUCCAGUCAUGGGGACCCUCAUAAACACUAAUAACAUGCGGGGGUUCCAAAACCUAGAUAUGGCACAUCUACUGAGAGAAGAAGCAAAGAAGAUCUUGCAUGACAUUAUGUCCGGUAAAAUAGAAGGCGACCCUUCUCUGCUACUGAGGUUCCUUGUAAUAUCAUUUGCGGACCUGAAGAACUGGAAGAUAUAUUACAAUGUUGCAUUCCCCUCAAUUGUUUUCAACUCUAGAAUGACUUUGCUCAGCCUGCACAGUGCCUCGCAGGUGCUCAGCCAAGAGGAGGCAACAUCAUUGUCUAAAUCAUUGAAAGAGUGGCGUAGUUCAAAUGAAACAACAGUUCUUCCAUUCUUUUUGGUCGAUAUAUCCUCGAAUUCUUCUGCUACUAUAAGACAGCUUAAGGACUUGAAAGAUUGCCAGGACAGUAAUCAAAAGCUCCUAUUUGGAUUUUAUGAUCAUGGCUGCCAUCAAGAUUACCCUGGAUGGGCUCUUAGAAACUACAUUACAUUCCUGAACCUACGUUGGAAGAUUGAGAAAGUUCGGUUCUUCUGCUACCGAGAAAAACGUGGAGGCCUUGAUCUACAGAAGUCCCUUAUUGGUGAAUCGUUAUUUUCAGCUCCUAAUGGUUGGGAUGACCCUGAUUAUGUGCCUGAAGCUAUUGGAUGGGAAGGAGAAAAACCUGGGGAUGAAAGGAAAGAAAAGAAAUUGAAAGAAAUCAAUCUUGAGUCAAUGAAUCCAGCAAGUCAGGACGAAGAAAAACAGCUAAUGCACUUGAAGCUUAUGGGAUGGCGCCACUUCCCUGUGGAUUUAGAUAAGUUAUCUCGUGUCCGAUGUCUUCUGUUAGGUGCUGGAACUCUUGGAUGUGAAGUUGCUCGCUUACUCAUGACCUGGGGUGUAAGGAAACUAGCAGUGGUUGAUGGAGGUUGUGUUGCCAUGCCUGAUCUAGUCAAACAAUCACUCUACAUAGAUAAGGAUUGUGGUGUCCCAAGAGCGGCAGCAAUAGUUCCACGUCUAAAAGAGAGAUGUCCUGCAGUCGAAGUUGAAGGCAUUCAGAUGGAAAUACCAAUGCCUGGAAAUCCUAUUUCUUCCAAUAAAAUAGCAAGUGUGCUUGAUGAUUGCAAGCGUCUUCAGACAUUAGUAGCUUCCAGUGAUGUGGUCUUCUUGUUGACUGACACAUGGGAGAGCAGAUGGCUUCCUACUCUUCUGUGUGCAAACGAAAACAAGAUCGCCAUCACUGCGGCAUUAGGAUAUGACAGUUACCUUGUCAUGCGACAUGGUGCUGGUCCAGGAACAAGAAGUGGAGCAAUGGAUAACAUGAUUUCUCAUAUACAGAAUUUGUGCAUGGAAGAUGCUCUUGGUCGUGAAAGAUUGGGCUGUUGUUUCUGCAGUGAUACUGCUUCCAUUGUCAAUUCUGUCUCUAGUGGAAUACUGCAUCCCCAAUGUACAACCACACUGCCUGGACUGACCUCGAUUGCAUCUGGCAAGGCAGUGGAGCUCUUUGCUCGGAUAUUACAUCAUCAAGAUGGGAUACAUGCUCCAGGAGAUAUUGCUGGUAUGGACACUGAGCAUCAGCUUGGUCUUUUGCCACAUCAAAUGCUAGGAUCGCUUCCAAAGUGUGUUUUAUCAACUGUGAUAGGCAAUUCCUCAAGCAGUUGUACUGCAUGUUCUAAUGCUGUAUUGUCUGAAUAUAGAAGAGGAGGAUUGGACUUUAUUGUGCAAGUCAUCAACCAUCCAUCAUAUUUAAAAGACCUUACAGGAAUUUCUAAUUUAGUAAAGUCGGAUUUGAAAUUGCCAGCCAGCUUUCCCAGCUACCCUGUAAAGCCAGGAAAGUUGUCUAGUGUCCGAUGUCUGCUUUUAGGGGCUGGAACUCUGGGGUGUGAUGUUGCUCGUAUUCUUAUGGACUAUGGUGUUCGGAAGCUAACAGUGGUUGACAGUGGUCGUGUUGUUGUGUCAAAUUUGGCAAGACAAUCACUUUACACAUCUGAUGACCGCGACAUCCCAAAAGCAACAGCAAUACUUAAGCAUCUAGAAGAGAGAUGUCCGUCAGUGGAGGCUAAAGGAGUUGAAAUGGAAAUACCUAUGCCAGGGCAUCCCGUAUCUUCUAGUGAAGCUGAUGGUGUUCUUGAAGAUUGCAAACGCCUCCAGGAGCUAGUAGCUACACAUGAUGCUGUCUUUUUGUUGACCGACACAAGAGAAAGUAGGUGGCUUCCAACACUUCUCUGUGCGAAUGAAAACAAGAUUGCUAUUACUGCAGCCCUAGGAUAUGAUAGCUACCUUGCCAUGCGACAUGGAGCUGGUCCAGGAACAAAUUCUGAAGGUUCAAAUGUGGUUGCUGCCACAGAUAAGCUGUCUGCAAGAGAUGUUCUUGGCCGUCAAAGACUGGGGUGUUAUUUCUGCAACGAUGUUAUUGCUCCUGUUGAUUCAGUCUCCAAUCGAACACUGGAUCAACAAUGUACGGUAACACGACCUGGACUAGCAUCCAUUGCAUCUGGUCACGCUGCAGACCUCUUCACAAGAAUGUUAAAUCAUCAAGAUGGGAUACAUGCUCCAGGAGAUAUCGCUGGCAUGAACACCGAGCGUCCACUUGGUCUACUGCCACACCAGAUACGAGGAUCACUGUCACAAUACAACCUAUUAACCCUCUUGGGCUAUUCCUCGAGUAAUUGUACUGCAUGUUCCAAUGCGGUACUGUCUGAAUACCGGAGUAGAGGAUUGGAUUUUGUGAUGCAGGUGAUCAACGAACCAACCUAUCUGGAAGACCUUACUGGCCUGACCAACUUGAUGAAGCUGGCGGAUUAUUCCCAGGUCGAGUGGGUAGAUGAACUUGAUGACGAUGAGUUGGCCGAAAUCUGAUGUAUCACACGAUUCCAGACUAGUGUAGAUAUCAUCUCGAUGUAUAGUGAUUCAUGAGACUGAUGUUAGACUUACAUUCUUGAAUGGCGUAGGCUUUUGUCAACAAAUACUAGCACCCACCUGUAAUCCGUAAUCAGGUCAGCAACUCUCCUUAAUUCUCUGACUCGUCACGCACUUGUAAUAUUAAAGAUGCCUACGCGAAAUACUCUCUGUUUUUUUCUGGCCA